AUGGAUCUCAGGGUCAUGCUGAACGACAAUGGGCCUGCUGCCUCGACACCCAGCAAGCCGCCACAACCACCGACACUGCAGCCAGCACCGCAGCACCACCAGCAACAGCACCAUCAUCAGCAGCAGAUGCAUCCACAGCCGACGCUGCCAUCGACGCCGAUCCAAACAAACCCCCACCAGUCGUUCCGUGACUACGGCCAGCAGCCUCAGCCAUCCCCGAGCCGUCACGUAUCGCACGACUACGGCGUCCAACAGCGGGCACCAUCGGGCGCCUUCGCAUCGCCGCCUCCCUAUCCGAGCGCAGGUCCAUAUGGCGCCGGUCGACCACCUCCACCAUCCAUCCAGCCGAUGCCAAUGCCACCAGCCGAGCUCCGGUCCCCGAGCAUGAGCUCCGGGCCCGUCCCGUCCCCGUAUCGGCAGACACCAGGCUCCUCCUCAAUCAGCUCGGCGAGCGGCUACCCUUUCCCACCACAGCAAGCCCCCACCAGCCCUGUGCAACGACACCAGUAUACGCCGACCAGCGCCUACCCCAGAGAAGGCUACGGCCAGCCGACGGGUGUCGCUGGUAUGACAGGGCCGCCUUCUUCGUAUAUGCAAGGAUCGCACGUUCCGCAGACGCCUCCGGUUGGCACUCCGGGCGGGCCACACGCCUAUGUCCAACGAUCGCACUCGGCCCAUUCGACGCCGACACCGACGUCAGCACACAGCCAACCGGCACAAUAUGGCGCGCCUUUUGUGCAAGGCAGUCCCGUGGCAGCCCCCCAUCCGCUUCCGCAGCCGGACCUGCAGCGACAAUCCUCGCUGCCACCCACGCCGGGAGGGGGAGCAGGUGCCGCCCCUCUGUCGACGCGCCCUGCGCAGGUGUCAACAGGGUACGGCCAGCCGACCAGUCCGUACGGACAACGGCUGCCAGCUCCAAGCUUCCACGGGCACUCGACACCACACACCUCUCCACCACCUCCUCCACCACCUUCCCUGCCCCGGAACUCGAGCGUCCAAAGUUCAGGCCAGCAUGACCCACACAGUCGAGACUCAGUAGGCCGGGGCCCACCUUCACACGGUGACAGAGACCGGAGCCUUAGCGUCAGUCCCAAAACUCGAGUCCCCAGUUUGCCAAGAAGUUCUGGCCGUCCUCGUUCUUCUGUUUCCGACUUUGAUUCUCGUAUUAUUAAUCCCCCAAUCCAUCCGCCACCACCUACCACCACCAUGGCCCCGAUUGCAGAACAGGACGCCGCCCGAGACCGCGCCUCGACUCCCGCCAAGCGCAAACUCGCCGAGCGCGAGCUUCGACCCGACGAACUCGAAAACCGCGAUACGCGACCGCCUCCGCUGCGAGACUCCAGCGGCCGCCCUGCACUCGUCGAUGCCGGCGCCGUUCCAUUGAAUGCGCGACGAGCCAUGGUUGCGCCCGAGAAAAAGAGGAGAAAAGUGUACACACAACCGCCCGUCUGGGCGCAGUCCCAGGACGGCCGUCCACUGCACAAGGCCAACAGCAUCUUAUUCCACCCCGUCCCCUUCUCCGGCUCGGUAUCUCAUCAGACCAACGGCACCAAGACCGAGCCCCAGCCCAGCCGGCAAACAUCCCCCGAAGAAAAACGUUCCAUCGCCGCUCCCCGAGACCACCAGUCGGCACCACUACCACCACCCGGGCCGCCGCAGCCGGAUGCUGCCGCGAUAGCGUCGGGGCUAGGACCAUGGGAACCCAGCAUCGUCAACACUGCUCUUCCCUACGACUCUUGCACAAAACACAUUGCCGAUUGGCUAACUCAUUUCGUCCUCGGCUCACCAGACAUCCAAGAGAUGGAGGCCAGGGGUGUCAAGUUUGAGAUUGAGGCGAAACUGGGCACAAUAAUAGACAAGGAUACUUCGGAACGUCUUCGCCUACCAAUAUACACCGAGUGCGUGCUGGAAGAGGGGGAAUGGGUCAAGUUUCAAAGUAGCAUGUCCGAGGUAAAUCUUUCGUGUUCCCCCCCCCCCUUACCGCCCUUUCCACCUGCUAACCUGUGUCUUCUUCAGUCUGAACACCGCUCCUUCAACGAUUUCCUGAACGAGAUGGUCAAAGAGACCCACGUGAACCGCACGCGCGUCCCGAUCGAAUAUCUACACCGCCGCGAAAUCGACCGAUUCGUCGAGCUACCUCCCGAGAUCCGGGACAGGCACCUGCCCAAGUGCGUGACGAGGCUUGCUGGCCGAAAGCCACCACGGGUGAGGAUCACGUACGAAAAGAAGACGAAUCAGGUCUUAGCUCGUAUAGUGAAGGCUCGUGUUGCGGACACCAAUAUUCACUUCCCGCGAUCACCGCUAGAUUGUCGCAUUAGUAUCAAUCUGGAGUGGACGUGGGAUGGGCCACCGCAGGUUCUGGAUCAGCUGGUGAAGGAGCAGGGCGGGGGGAGUUAUCAGAGGGAUAAGGACCGGUUGUGUUAUAAGCACCGGUUUUAUCAGGUGGAUUUGACGCAAGUUAUAUCACAGAACAAGGAGCAUGAGUUGGAGGUUGAACUGGAUCCGGCCGCGCUGUUUGAUCAGGGGAGGAGGGCGAUGGAUCAGCAGCCAAAUCAGUAUAUGGAAUUGGUGGGCGGGUUGGUGAAUAAUAUCAGGGUGUUGGCGCACAAGGCGGCGGAGUUUCGUAGCUGA